UGAAGGCAAGAAGCUGGAUAAUGGGCUCUCUUUUCAUCGUUUUCCAUCCUGGAGGCAACGUGAGGGAUCCCAUGUAUCUGAUAUCACUAAACAAAGACGUCAGGCAUGGAUUGCAGCGGUGACACGAGCGGAUAUCGAGUUCUCUGCAAUCCCCAGCUUUUUGUUGGUUUGCUCGCGGCAUUUUCUCUCCGGCAAACCAGCAUAUGAAAUGGAUGUAACAAAUCCAGACUGGGCACCAACACUGCACAUGGGGCACGACGACAUACCUGUAUCUGACUCGGACCGGCACGCAAGGCGUAUGCAACGGAAGCGAAAAAGAGCACCCAUCGGAGGCUUUCGUUAUGCAGCUGCAGAGUCUGAAGGUGUGCCCCGUGCAGAAGUGAUCGAUGAAGAUCUGACAGAAGACCAACAGCAAAAUCACCAUGUCAUGGAGGCAGUGGACAGCAGUUGUGUUGGACAAGGUGAGGUACCUGCUGCAAAUGUGGACAUUGGUGAUUGGACAGACAGCGUCACGGAAGCUAAAGGGCAGACGAAGGAUUGUGUGUGCAAUGAACAGGGCAGAGCAGAAAUAAACCGGCUGUUGGAGGAGAACAGACUGCUUCGAUCGCAGUUGCAAAAGACAGAGCUGAAUGAAAAUUUCUUAAAGGAUGAUACCGAAAAAGUAAGAUAUUACACUGGACUACAUUGUUAUGCUGUCUUAAUGUCCCUCUUCAACACUGUCAAAGAUUUCCUGCCAGUAUCGAAGAAACUGACAGGUUUCCAAAUGCUCUUACUCACACUAAUGCGUCUGAGACUUGAUCUUCCAGUCCAGCAUCUUUGUCAUCUAUUCCAUGUGUCCCACAAAACACUGUCUUCUAUCUUCGCCGAUACCAUUGAUGUUUUGUAUGCCCGCUUAGGAGCACUGGUGCACUGGCCUGAGAGGCACUGUCUGCAGGCCACAAUGCCUCCGCAGUUUACAGAAACUUUUGGAAAACGAGUAGCCAUCAUUGUUGACUGUUUUGAGAUUCGAACAGAAAGACCAUCUAAUUUAAAGGCACGUGCACAAACAUACUCUCAUUACAAGGGUACACACACCAUAAAAUACCUCAUCGGGAUUACACCCCAAGGAGCUAUUUCUUUCAUUUCCAGGGGAUGAGGGGGUCGUGCAUCAGAUAAA